UAACACCAAGGGCACACCAUUUUAUAAUUUGAGUUAGAGAGAAGGUUCAGAAUUCAGGUUCAGUCUUUUAACGAUUAAGCAUGGAGAACCCCAAGAAGAAAGUGUUUGUGUAUGGUGCCUGCAUGAAAAAGCACGCAGCAAAGCUUGGUAGCAAUGCCACCGACGGCUGCGGAGAAUUCUUUAGAGCCAUCAGUGGCUUCCACUGUGUUGCAUGUGGAUGCCACCAGAACUUCCAUGAGAAGAUGGCUGUGGAGGUCAGUACUGGUAGUGGUGUUGGCAGGGGAGAGGGUAACAGCAACCACGUGAAGGUUAAAUCUGAGGUGGUGAACGUGAGCGAUGAUGCGGAGAGCAUGAAGGCGGCGGUGGAGCAGCCGCCACCGUUCAAUGUGGCAGAGCAGCAGCAGCAAGGAGUGUUGAGGAGGAGGACAAGUAAGAAUUUUAAGCUUAGGGACGAGCAGAGGCAACAGAUGUUUGCAUUCGCAACAAGUCUUGGGUGGAGAAUGCUGAGAGAGAGAUGCCAUGAGAUCAAUCAGUUCUGUGAGCAGAUUGGGGUGCCUAGACCUGUCUUCAAGGCCUGGCUCUACAACAACAAGUACCGUAAUGGUGGCGAUGGCGGUGGAGCUGGUGGCAAUGGCUGUUUAGGAGAUGGUGGUGGUGGUUGUCGUGCUGGUGGCAAAGAGGUAGCAGUGGUGGCGGAGGUGAAGAUGGUGGUGGGGAUCAGAAUCAUGGAUUUCUUAUUGGAUCAGGAACCUCUCCGGUGCCCUGGUGCACCAAACACGCAUCGAAUGGCUAACAACACUCGGCAUGCACCCUUGUCGUCAAAUGCAUCCAAUAGUCACUCUAACUAUACGAAUUGCAUGGAGUUCCCCAGGAAGAAAGAGUUUGUGUAUGGUGCCUGCAUGAAAAAUCACGCAGCAAAGCUUGGUAGCCAUGCCACCGACGGCUGCGGAGAAUUCUGUAGAGCCGUCAGUGGCUUCCACUGUGCUGCAUGUGGGUGCCACCAGAACUUUCAUGAGAAGAUGGCUGUGGAGGUCAGUACUGGUGGUGGUGGUGGUGGCAGGGGAGAGGGUGGCAGCAACUAUGUGAAGGUUAAAACUGAGGUGGUGAACGUGAGUGAUGAUGAGAAAAGUAUGGAGGUGGCGAUGGCGGUGGAGCAGCCGCCACCGCUCAAUGUGGCAGAGCAACAUCAGCAAGGAGUAGUGGGACAAAUGAUUAGAUUGAGGAGGAGGACAAGUGAGAAGUUUAAGCUUACGGACGAGCAGAGGCAACAGAUGUUUGCAUUCGCAACAAGCCUUGGGUGGAGCAUGAAGAGAGAGAGAUGCGAUGACAUCAACCAGUUCUGUGAACAGAUUGGGGUGCCCAGACCUGUCUUCAAGACCUGGCUCUACAACAAGAAGUACCGCUGAUGGUGAUAAGGAAGAUAUAUAUAUAUAUAGCCUGCUCUCUCUCUCUCUCUCUCUCUCUCUCUCUCUCUCUCUCUCUCUUCCU